UGAAUCUCUCUUACUUUUUCUUCUCUGUCUCUCUCUCUCUCUCUUUCUCUCUCUCUCUCUCUUCUCUCUGUCUUAAAGUCUUACACAAAACAAAAGCUGUCUCUCUCAUCUGCUUUCUUUCUUUAGUCCCAUAUGUAUAUAUAGCAUUCGCAUCCAAUACACACACCCAGCGAGAAAAGUGAGGAUAUGUUUUUCUAAGCUAUAAGCUUAUCAGAAACGAAUAAAAGAAAGAAACUUGUAUGGAUAAAUGGCUUAUGCCAAGUUUUUGGCUUGUUAAUUGAGUUCCUUCACUCAAUCUCUUGCUUCAUCCCAAAACAGAGAUAAAGAAAAGACAGAGCUUUUCUUAGCUUCAAGAAAAUUCCAAUCCUUCAUUGCAGUCUCAGUGAGAGCAGAAACCGCUUGAUGCAGUGAGUUUUGGUUCCCCAACAAAAUUCACUGUACGCUGUUUUGGUUUUCAGGUGCUCUUGUGAAAGAACAAAGGCUCGGUGUCUGGCCUGGAUUUAUUGGAAUUCUAAUUGGAGAUAGUCAAAUUGAUUAUUGGCUCUCUUUGAAUUUGAUGACGGGGGAUCAUUUUGUCUUGUUGGUGGAUCGAUUGCUAACGGAAUCUACAUUGGAAGCUGCAAUUGAGAGCAGAAACCCCUUGAUGCAGGCAACAGCAUCCGCAGUAGAUGAAACAAAAAUUGUUAUAUCUUCCCAGAAAGUGGAUUUUGGAGAUGUGUCUACUCCCAUGAAAAUGGUGGAGUGCAGGAUAUGCCAGGACGAGGAUGAAGAUUCCAAUAUGGAGACACCUUGCUCUUGUUGUGGGAGCCUGAAGUUCUGUAAAUUGUCUAUAGCUAAGGUGUACACAUGUUUCUGGCUCAAUCCUGAAGGUGUUGAUUUAACCACGUUGCUUCUACAACCUUUGUUAGACAAUCAUACUGACUCUUCACAUGUGCAGUAUGCUCACCGCAGAUGUGUUCAGAGGUGGUGUAAUGAGAAGGGUAACACCAUAUGUGAGAUAUGCCAUCAGCAAUUCACACCUGGUUACACAGCUCCCCCACCUCUGUUUCAAAUUGGACGUAUUCCAGUGAACCUCAGGGGAAAUUGGGAGAAUUCAGGAAGAGACUUGCAUGGUCCCCGCUUUAUAGCAAUGGUGUCAACUGACCGUAAUUUCCUUAAUCCUGAGUAUGAAGAGGAUUCAGCUUCAACAAGAAACUCAAUCUGCUGUCGCUCAGUUGCUGUAGCUUUUAUGGUUCUUUUGAUUCUAAGGCAUACUCUUCCUGUCAUCCUUAAUACCAAUGAAAUUUCCUUCCCAUUGCUUAUGUUGUUAUUUCUACGAAUUGCUGGGAUUGUUCUUCCAAUAUAUGUUAUCAUGAGAGCAGUAACUGCUCUCCAGCAUCGCCACCAUCAACAAGAGCCCCCAAGUUUGUCUUUUACCACAUCUGAUGAUGAAGAAGCUGAGCAUUCAACCCUACAGGCACAGCCACAUAUGGGCGAUGUUCCUUAGUUUGUGCAUGCCAAAUCAAAGUAAUUCCGCAAUAAAACAUUGGCAUCAGCAGCAUCUGCCAUUUGCUAAGUCAAUCUUGAGUUUGAAGGCAUAUGAAGAUGGCUUAAUUUUCAGAUGUCAGAAGAAAGACACGAAGUAAAACUUCUAUGGUGAUUCUCUCACUAAACUUCCAUGGUGAUUCUCUCACUGGCCAAAGUUUAAUUGGAUUACAGCUUCUCAAGCAGCUCUCAGAUGAGAGGCAGCAAUUACCUUGGAAAUUUUAGGAAGCGUCAACUUUGAUGUAGGUUAUUGGAUGUGCAUUUUCUAUAUGGGAUAUCAUCUUAAGAUACUUUUUACAGGAAAAUAUCCCAUUGUAUAUACAAAAUUUAUGCAAAGAAAAUUACAAGGCAAGCCAUCAGCCAUGAAAAUACACCAA